AUGGCGACCGAACUGGAGGAGCUAUUGGGCUUCCUGUCAUCCCCUUCUCCACCUAUUAAAAAGGCGGCUGUUGAUAUUGUUCGGGAUUAUACGGGAUCCGAGGAUGGGUUGCGGUCUCUUGGCAAGUACUCCAAUGUUGUCUUGCCAUCAUUAUCUGGUCUUUUAGCUGAAGGAAAGGAAGUUUCAGAACCUGCAGCAGAAGCUCUUGUAAAUUUGUCACAAAAUUCAGAUCUGGCAGGAAAGAUGGUUGAAAUGGAUAUGGUUAGAAAAGUGAUGGAUAAUUUGUACAGAAAAGGUUGUGAAGUUACUGGGCUGCUAGUUAUGCUCCUUGUCAAUCUCACCCAGUUGGAUGCUGGUAUUGAUUCUUUGCUUCAGCAUGGAGAUGAUAAGAUGCAUGGUCUGUAUGUCAUGAAGCUGGUGAGAUCAUUUUGUACGUCAUCCAUUGAGGAAAAAGGUGAUCCUUUUGAACAUGUGGCUUCUAUACUAGUAAAUAUUUCACAGAAAGAAGCAGGAAGAAAACUUCUACUGGACCCUAAGAGAGGACUUCUGAAGCAGAUCAUUAGGCAAUUUGAUUCAGGUAGCCCAUUGCGAAAGAAAGGGGUCUCCGGAACUAUUCGGAACUGCUGUUUUGAAGCUGAUAGUCAGCUGCAAAAUGUGCUUUUGAUCUCAGAGUUUCUGUGGCCAGCACUGCUUCUGCCGGUUGCUGGAAACAAGAUUUAUAGUGAGAAAGAUGUAUCUAAAAUGCCGCUUGAGCUUGGGAGUGCACUCUCAAUUGAGCGUGAAGUAAUAGUUGAUCCUGAAAUACGUGUUCAAGCGUUGGAUGCUAUCUACUUGCUCAUUUUGCAGGAGGCUGGUAGGAGAGCUUUCUGGUCUGUUAAUGGACCUCGAAUCCUGCAAAUAGGGUAUGAAGAUGAGGAAAAUCCCCAAGUAAUGGAAGCAUACGAGCGAGUCGGCUCAUUGUUGAUUCAAGAGAACGGAACGAGUGAAGCAUCAACACAAGUGUCGGACUAG